AACCUAAAAUUAUUUUGACGUUUUGAUAUCAACUCAAAACCUAUGAUUAAAACUUUCUGCAAUAAAAAUAUAAAAUUCAUUAUAGUUUAUAUUAUGAUUGAAGUUAUAUGUUUAUGAAGAUCGAUCGUUAUAGCUUCAAGUAUAAUAAUCUAUUAUGGCAUGGUUUCAAAACCUUGCUGGACAUGCAGAGGAUUUAUUAAAUAAAAUAGAUCAAAAUGCUGCUACUGUUCUAAAUGAAGGAAAUAAGCUAAUAUCAGAAGAAAAUGAACAUGGAUAUGUGAACAACGGUGAUAAAAAUUUAGCUCGAGUGUCUAGUGAAGAAGUAAUAAGAAACAUUAACAAUGAACAAAUUCAAGAUAAUUCACUACCUGAAAUAGAUCCAGUGGUUAAUAGUGAAGUAAUUGUUACUAAUAUAUCUGAAGACGAAAACCCUGGUAUUCUAGAUGAAAGUCCCGUGGCUGAGGUAAAGACUAUUAAGAAUGAUAAUGCAUCUGUAUCAUCAAGUUCCAUGCACAACAGUUUCACUGAAACUAAGGAAAUAGAAGAUCUCCAUUUAAAAGUUGCAAGAUUAGAAUUAGAAAACCACGAAGUGACCAAGGAGUUGUUGAAUAUACAGCAUUUAUAUUUAGAGAUGAGAAAUGAAAAUGCAAACCUGCAUAGUCAAAUUGAAAGGAUAAAUGAGCAACUUAUUCAAUCCCAAAAAGAGAAAGAGCAGUAUGUUAUUAGGGCACAGCGUAUUCUACAAGAGAAAGAGAAAUUAAUUGAACUUAAGCAGACAAAUAAUUCUGGUGAACAAGGCAGAAAUAUUUUUGAAACAUAUAAUGAGGAACUCAAGAAGGAAUUAGAAUUUUUGAAAGACAAGGUAGCUGAAUUAAAUAAAAAGAAUGAAAACAUGCUAAAUGAUAUGCACUCUCAACAAAUGCAACACCAGGUUAUUCAGAACCGAAUGGCACAAUCCAAUCAGCUUUUAGAACAGAGUCUGUUAACUGAAAAAAAGAAUCACUUUUUAACUGAGGAAGAUUGUGCACAAAAGACAAAGGAGUUACAAAAUAGAUAUGAUGAAUUAAGACAGUUGCAGAAUGUUAUCAAGAUUAAAAAUGAAGAAAUUGACAAAUUAAAGGAGAAUUACUCAAGAGUUUCAAAUACUUUAUCGCAUGAAGAAUAUGAAAAUAGAUUGAAAUCUUUAACGCAAACUAUUAUUUCAAAACAGAAUGCUUUAGAAACAAUUACUACAGAAAGAAAUGCUUUAAGAGUACAGUUGGAAAAAUUACAGAUAGAACAUGAGAGAAAAAUUACACAGCUAAAGAAUGAUAAAGUGAAUGUAAUAAACAUCCAAGAGUUUAAUGAGGAAAAAAGCUACAUGUCAAAUUUCCUGAGGGUGACACCACAUGAUGCUGCAGUAACCAGAAGAGUGAAGCAUGCCUAUUCAACCUUAGAUGCCUUGAGUGUUCGAACAGGAAUAUUUCUUAGGAGAUACCCUGUAGCUCGGGUGUUUGUUUUCCUUUAUAUUGUUAUUGUACAUAUAUGGGUCCUAACUAUAUUGCUGUGGUAUGUUCCUUCAAAUCAGUAACAGAAGUGUUAAAAAUUUAAUAUAUUUUAUUUAAUUGUUUCAAGUUAUGUUAGGAACGUGAUAUUUGUUAAUGUAUUAAAUAUAGCUAAUUAUAAAUCAG